AUGCCGCGUUGCUUGAUCAAAUCGAUGACAAGGUACAGGAAGACCGGUAAUUCUUCCGAAGAGGUAGCAGAAUUACCAUGGACUCCGCCGUCAUCGAUCGACGCCAAGAAAAAACAACAGACCAAAGAACAGAACUCCACGAACUGUACUAAUAUUUGGACUUCGUCGAGAUUGCCGAUCGUAACGAGAUACACGUUUAAUAAAGAGAACAAUAUACUAUGGAACAAUGAAUUGAACGUAGGGGAGGUAGAAUUAGGUGUGAAAAAUGUUUGCAAAACUGAGAACGCGAUACCAUUCACUGCUGCAAAUAUUCCUGUUAACGUUAAUCAGACAAUGGUGAAUGCGAGUAACGAACAAAAGGUAGAGAAGGUGCAGCUACCAUUGUCGUCGAACGCUAACAAAUUAGACUAUCAAGUGAACGUGGAUAACAAUGAGAUUAAGUUGGCAGUAAAUUUGAAUAGAACGUUUGACGGGACCGAGAACCAAACGACUUCGCAAACGAUGUACUUGGCAUCGAACAAGAAACAGAUCGAUUCCCAGGGACAGUAUUUCGAUGGAAAUGUUAAAUCCGUGGUAGAGAACCCGCAGAACUGGAAACGAAACAAAACUAUGCACUAUUGUCCGUAUUGUCGUAAAAGUUUCGAUCGUCCGUGGGUGCUUAAGGGUCACCUACGUCUUCAUACCGGCGAACGACCUUUUGAGUGUCCAGUCUGCCAUAAAUCAUUCGCAGAUCGAUCGAAUUUACGUGCACAUCAAAGGACACGAAAUCACCAUCAAUGGCAAUGGCGAUGCGGAGAAUGUUUCAAAGCAUUCUCGCAAAGACGAUAUCUGGAACGGCAUUGCCCUGAAGCUUGUAGGAAAUAUAGAAUAUCUCAAAGGAGGGAGUAG